AGUUGUAGCUACAUCAGAAGUUUGCGCUAGGAUCACUCCUACCGCGAUGUGUGUGGGGGGCGUUCUUUGGAGUUAAGCAGACGGGUACUGCAAGACUUCGGUAGCUUACAGCUAUAUUUUAUUCCGCACAGCUCGCUAGCCUACCGCAACGCAGCAGUCGUAAGUGGACGGCGCUUGAACUGCACUCAUUACAACAAACAACUCAUCUUGGGUCAUGCAAUUUUACUUUUUGAAAACUAAAUUUUUGGUCCAGGAGUAAUGUGUCCAUUUUUGGAGCUCCGUUGACUGUGAACAGUUGACCGCAUUCUGGAAUACGGCACCGUGCAGAGCGGAUACCUGCCGCCCUUGCGCUUAAUUUAACAGUCUUAUUAUCCCUGUCUGCAUAUCAAACAUCACAUCACGAUUCCGGUAGUUUCUGGCGAAUUAUGCUACUUGUGUAACUUACCGAGAGCGUAGUAAUGACUGGUACGAAUUGCAGUUCACCUCUCUAGAAGACGAGUUUACUUUUGCUCUCCUGGAAGUAUUUCGUAGCCUAUUUUUCAGGCAACACUAUGGGCUUUACAAAUAUAUGGAUCGUUUUUGUGGCUUUGGUCGGAGUUGGCACCAUCCCUCGACAAACAGACGGAGCGUGUCUCUACCAGGGCUCCCUGUAUGCGAAUAAAACAUCAUGGAAGCCCGAUUCCUGCCAGGACUGUGUCUGCCUCAGUGACAUCGUGAUCUGCACAGCCUCCCACUGCCAAAACCCACAGUGUGACUUCCAGAAGGGGGAGCGGUUGAGAAUACCUCCCAGUAAAUGCUGUCCGGAGUGUCACCCACCGUCCCAGGGAUCCUGUCAGCAGGAAGGAGUGGUGUACGGGGACUCCAGUCAGUGGAGCACCUCUGAGUGCUCGGUGUGCUCCUGCUCUGGCGGUGCAGUGUCCUGUGGCCCCCGGCCCUGCCCCCCCCUCCAGUGCAGGAGGGACGAGAGCAGCUUCACCCCCGCCGGAGAGUGCUGCCCCAAAUGUGUGCGCAGCGGAGCGUCCUGCUCCUCUGAGGGACACGAGUACAGGGAUGGGGAGGAGUGGAGACCCACGCCCUGCUCCAAGUGUGUGUGCUCCGCUGGGGAGAGCCAGUGCUCCACAGCUGAGUGCCAACCUGUCGCCUGCAAGCCUCGGGAGAACCUUGUGAUCUACCCCGGGACGUGUUGCCCCCAGUGUGUGCCUAACCCGUGUCUGGUGGGGGGGAAGGAGUACAAGCAUGGUGAACAGUGGCAGAAGGACAGUUGCACCACAUGUCUGUGUGACCAGGGACAGACCCGCUGCCACGCUCAGCCCUGCCCCCCCCUCACCUGUGAGAGGGGCCAGAAGAAGGUGCGGAAGGAGGGGCGGUGCUGUGAGGAGUGCGCUGUGCCCAAAGGAACCUGUCACUACCAGGGCAGCGCCCGUUACCAUGGCGACAUGUGGAGCGGCACGGGCUGUGAGUUCUGCGUGUGUGAGAGGGGCCAGGUCCUGUGCCAACGGGCCGAGUGCGCCAGGGUGGAGUGCUCAUGGGGAGAAGAAUUGGUUCACCUCCCGGGAAAGUGCUGCCCUGAAUGCAUGACCGCAAGCAGCUUCUGUGUCUACAAGGAGAAAGUCAAAGAGGGACUACAGACAGAUCUGAACGGCCAGAAACACCUUGCUGACUUGGAGAGCUGGCAGGAGGGUCCGUGCAGGCAGUGCGAGUGCCGGGACUCGCGGGUGACGUGUUAUCAGCGCUCCUGCCCCACCUGCCCCAUGGGCACCCUGGCAAUGCCUGUGGAAGGGCAGUGCUGCCCAGAAUGCCACCAGGUUCACUGUCACCCUGACUGUCUGACCUGUUCUGGAACCCCGGACCACUGCGACAGCUGUAAGGACCCACAGGCCUUGCUCCUGAGAGGCCGCUGCCUGCGGUCCUGUCCCCAGGGGACCUACCCUGACGGCAGGGUGUGCUCAGCCUGCCUGGAGUCCUGUGCCACCUGUGUGAACAGGUUCGAGUGCAUAUCCUGCGCACACGCUCUGUUGCUGAGCAACCGACAGUGCGUGGCCGCGUGUGGGCGGGGCUUCUUCCAGGAGCAGCAGCACUGCACGCGUUGCCAUGACGACUGCUCGGCGUGCCAUGGGCCUGGGCAGCAGGACUGUCAGUCAUGCUCUGACCCCGCCCUCCUGCUCAGAGACGGACUUUGUGUUCCGGAAUGCGGCCCUGGAUUCUACACCACUGAGGACACCUGCCACGCUUGUGAUGAAUCCUGCUUGACCUGUUACCCUGACAACCCCAGCUGCAUGACAUGCCCACCUGACUCUGCAUUGCAUCAUGGGAAAUGUAUGCCACACUGCCCAGAGCAGAACUACAAGGACGGUCAUGGCAGAUGCAGGGCCUGCCACAGCUCCUGCGCGGCCUGCUCCGGCCCCUUGGUGUCCCAGUGUACCCUCUGUCCUGGGACGCUAGCCCUGUACCAUGGACAGUGUCUGGACACGUGUGGACAGGGUCAAUACUCCCAGGAGGGGGUCUGUCAAAGCUGUCACCCGUCCUGCAGGUCCUGUGUCGGCCCCAAUCACUCGGACUGCCUGCGCUGCCAAAAACCAGAGGAGGCGCUGCACCCCCAGAACAGCCGUGUGGGGUAUGGGGUCUGCGGAGCCGCCUGUAACGAGCGGUUUUACCCCGACCCUGAACACACCUGCCGAGAGUGUGAUGGCUCCUGUGCGCAGUGUUCCGGGGGGAGUGCGUUCAACUGCACCUCCUGUACCCCCCCAGCCCUCCUGCACCUGGGCCAGUGUCUGCAUACAUGCCCCCGUGGCUUCCACGGUCAGAACGGUGGAUGUUUCGCCUGCCACCCCUCCUGCAGUGACUGCUCAGGGCCCUCCGAGGCAGACUGCUCGGCCUGUUUGCCCCACGCCAACCUCCAGGAUGGUUACUGCUGGACCAGUUGCCCCGAAGGGCAGUUUCUAAACUCUGAGGGAUACUGUGCAGAGUGCCAUGGGGACUGUCAGCGCUGUGUGGCCCACAGGGGCCAGGAUGGGGGGAGUGUGUGUCUGUGGUGUAGGGACCAGAGACUCCUGCUCCUGAAGGACCGCUGUGUGCCCUACUGUCCGUCCGAGGCCUACAGCCAACAGGGAGCCUGCAGGAAAUGCCACCCGUCCUGUGAGAGCUGUGGGGGCGAGGGCCCGCUGUCCUGCACUUCCUGUCCCGCCCCCUCGGUCCUGUCCCCGGCCAGCCAGUGUGUCCCGGGAUGCCCUCAGGGAUACUACGCCGACGGGGGGCGUGUGUGUCGGGCGUGUGACAGCCAGUGUCUGACGUGUGACUUGGCGGGAGUGUGUACGUCCUGCCGUGACCCGGCGAAGGUCCUGCUCUUCGGCGAGUGUCAGUAUGAGACCUGCGCCCACCAGUACUACCUCAACACCACCACCCGCGCCUGCCGAGAGUGUGACUGGAGCUGUAACGCCUGCCGGGGCCCUCUGCGCACCGACUGCCUGCAGUGCAUGGAGGGAUACGUCCUCCAGGACGGCGUCUGUGUCCAUGGCUGCGCCGCCGGGUCCUUCCAGGAUGGAGACAGCUGUCUGAGCUGUGAUGCCCACUGUGAGCAGUGCCAGGGCCCCGGUCGUUGCAGGAAGUGCCAGACGCCCUUCGCGCUGCUCCAGGGACAGUGUGUUCAGGAAUGUGGCCAGCGACACUUUCUGGAUUCUUCUACAUGGCAGUGCGCCGCAUGCUCUGCUCAGUGUGUGCAGUGCGAGGGGGCCCAGGACUGUACGCUGUGCAGUGAGAGAACCUACCGUAAGAACGGGCUGUGUGUGGCAGACUGUGGCCACGGUUUCUAUGCCGACACCAGGAGCAGAGCCUGCAAAGCGAAUAGCCAUGCCCCCUCCCUGCACGUGAACAGCUCCCUGCUGGUGAAAGUGGGCGGAGCCAGUCCUCUGGACCUGUCGAUCAUGACGGCGCAGGAUCCGGAUGGUUCCGUGGAGGAGCUGGUCUUCCAGGUGGUCCAGCCCCCGACCAACGGCCGGCUGGUCCGCCUGGCCAAUGGGAGAGAGACGGGCCUGGCCCGAGACGACACCUUCACCUUCGCCGAGCUGCGAGACAAAGCUAUCCGAUUCGCCCACGCCAAGGACAAAUCAAAGAGCGGCCGUUUCACCCUGAGGGUCAGUGACCAGCAGCUCUUCUCCCAGCCGGAGGCAGUUAAUGUCCAGGCUGUGUCCCUGCAGGCCCCAUACGUCCUCUCCAACCAACCCCUACUGGUUGGCCGAGGGGAGGCUGCUCCCAUCAAGACGGAUUCGCUGAGGAUCGAAGACGAUGACAACCCUCAGGACGUGCUCGUCAUGGUGCGGGACCCGCCCCAACAUGGCCGCCUGGUGCGUCUCCAUAGCGACCAGCCGCUGUCGCAGUUCAAGCUGGAAGAGCUGGUGAAGGAGCAGGUGCGGUACGUCCAUGACGGAUCCGAACAGCCCCACGACCAGAUCCUCCUCCAGGUCAACGACGGCCACAGCUACCAGAACCUCCUCUUCCACAUCAAUGUGGCCCAGAAGGACGGGAACUCUCCUCACUUGCUGUCCCAUCCCGUUGCCUGGGUUCGUGAGGGCGGAAUGGUUCAGAUCACUAAGAGAUACCUGAGAGCUGAGUACAAGGGCUCCAGCGACUCCCAGAUCCUGUACAACAUCGUCCCCUCCAAAGGAUCGCCAAAACAUGGUGACGUGGUGCUCCUGGUGACCCUGCCGGCUGACGGUCCGGCAGACGGGUGGCAGCGGCUGCCAGACGGGCGAGCCGCCACGCCCACCACCUCCUUCACCCAGCAGGAUGUCAACGAGGGCAUCGUCUGGUACCGCCACUCCGGGGAGGGGGAACCCAGCGACACUUUCCAGUUUCAGAUGUCGAGCGAGGGGUCUGUGGACACGCUGAGUGACGCUCAGACUUUCAUGAUCGGCGUAAUGCCACAGAAGCCUGGGUUUCCCCGGCUCUCCCCCGGGUCCGACCUGCAGAUCACGGCCCUGGAAGACAGCGUGACGGUGAUAACGCCCUCCGCCCUCUCCUUCCUCGACUCGGAGACGCCCAGCGAGAAGCUUGUCUACAACAUCACCAAACCCUUAGCCCCGGGACAAGGUGCUCUGGAAACCCAGGACAGGCCCUAUGUUCCUCUGAGCUUCUUCACUCAAGCGGACGUCAACAACGGAAAGAUCAUCUACCGGCCCCCCCUGGCCCCAGCCCACCUGCAGGAACUCCAUCAGUUCUCCUUCACAGGUCUACCUGAGUCGCUGAACUUCUAUUUCACAGUGUCAGAUGGCGAGAACACGACUCCAGAGAUGGACUUUGCCAUCCACUUGCUGGCCAAUCACCAGCAGCCUCCAGUCUUCCAGAUCCUGGACCCCAUGUUGGAGGUCAGCCUUGGGGGCAGGGCUCCUGUAGGUGGCCAGCAGCUAGCAGUCACUGAUGCAGACACAGCCCCCGAUGAGCUGGAGUUUGAGCUGGUGGAAGCCCCCCUCCAUGGGUCCCUCCUGAAAGUCAGUGGCUUUGGGGAAGAGCUGGAGAUGGUGAACGGCGACACCUUCUCCUUCAGUGACAUCACCCGGAAUAUCUUGCAGUACGAGCAUAACGGGGAAACGAUGGACGAAGACUCCAUGACAUUCUCUGUGACCGACGGCAUCUCCAUGACGACAGCGACCGUGCAGGUUUUGGUGGCGGGGUCAGAGGGGGACGGGCCGCGACAGGACCCCAAAGCCCUCCUCUCCAUGGAGGUGUCCGAAAAGAGCAGCACCGUCAUCCGACGCACACACCUGGCCUACGUGGACGAUAACUCCCCGGAUGAGAAGAUCCGAAUCCAGCUGGUGUCCGUGCCCAUGUACGGCAUCCUGACCCGCACCAAGUCCAAGUCGGAUCACGAGGAACUGACAGAGUACUCGUCCUUCACCAUGGAGGACAUCAACCGCCACAGGAUACGGUACAUCACUUCCUUUGACACAGGGAGCCAGCCGGUCACCGACAUCUUCCACUUCAUCGUCUACGACGGGGAGAACAAUCGCCUUGACAACCAGAUGUGCACCAUCACCAUCUCGUCCGUGGCGAAGCAGCCCCCUGUGGUGACUGUCCGCAGCGGGAUCAAGGUACAGGAAGGAGGGCGAGUGCAGCUGUCGGCCAAUCAUAUCAUUGCCACAGACCCAGACACACCCAUGAAGGAGCUCUUGGUCUGGUUGAUCAGCCCACCAAAAUACGGCUUCAUUGAGAACACAAAACCAGCCACAGGAAGGUCAGUGGGAGGGGCUCGCGUCAUCAGCCCUGAUGUGCCAUUCUCCGUGGAAGACCUCACCUCCGACCACAUCUUCUACGUCCAGAAUGUCCACCAGAAGGUGGGGCACUACCAGGAUGAGUUCAGCUUCUAUAUCAGCGAUGGCUCGAGCCAGACUGAAGCCUUCAACGUCAACAUCGACAUCCAGGGAAAGCAGGACACAUUCCCCAUAAUUUCCGUCAAUAACAUCCACGUGGAGGAGAACUCGGGCGUGGUCAUCACCAACUCCUCCCUGGCCGUGCUGGAUGGUGACACUCCGGAGAACGAGAUCGUCCUGACCGUCACCAAGAAGCCCACCUACGGUAAACUGCGGCGGCGGCAGUUCUACUCGCAGCCCCUGGAGAACGGGCGUGUCCUGGCCCAGGGCUCCACCUUCACCUACCAGGACGUCCUGGACGAGCUCCUGGUGUACACGCCCGACAGCCUGAGCGGAACGGAUGAGGUGCGCUUCUCCGUGACCGACGGGGUUCACACGGAGAGCGGCCGGAUCCAGAUCACCAUGGAAACCAGGAAGAGCGAGGGCCCGCGUCUCACCGUCAACCGAGGACUUCAGCUCGCCGCAGGGUCCACGUCUAAGAUCACAGACCAAAAUCUCAAAGGGACGGACUUGGACUCGGACAACACAAAGCUGCGAUACGUCAUGACCAAAGACCCCUCGGUUGGAAGACUCCAGAUGUCUCGGGGUCGAGACAUGGUCCAGAUCUCCGUCAAAGGGCCAGUCAAGAGCUUCACACAGGAGGACGUCAACAAAGGGUUUGUGGAGUACCACCAUGAGAAGGGAGAUAAAGGAGGCAGUUUCCCAUUCAAGUUCAACCUCGUGGAUCCCGAAGGAAACAGAGUUAUUGACCAAUCCUUCUUCAUCAGCGUGCUCGAGGACAGGCUGCCCCCGGCGGUGGUGGUGAAUAAGGGCCUGGUGCUGGACGAGAAUUCAGUGAAGAAGAUCACCACCCUGCAGCUCUCCGCCACCGACCAGGACAGUGAGCCCAGCGAGCUGGUGUUCCGGAUUACCAAGCAGACCCAACUGGGUCACCUGGAGCUGGCAGCCUCCCCUGGGACGCGCAUCAGCACGUUCACCCAGGCUGACCUGGCCUCCCGCGGGGUCCAGUAUGUCCACAACAGCGAGGAGGAGAAGCACGCCGACGACUUCACCUUCACCGUGUCCGACGGCGCUAACGAGGUUUCCCAGACUUUCUACAUCACUAUCCGACCAGUGGACGAUUCCCUCCCGCUCAUCAAAGUUCCCGGGAUGAGGGUGCAAGAGGGCGUGAGGAAGACUAUCACAGAGUUUGAGCUGAAGGCCACCGAUCUGGACACAGAGGAGGACUCAAUCACCUUCACCGUGGUGCAGGCUCCUCGGCACGGCACCAUCGAACGCACCAACAACGGUCAGCACUACCGCCAAACCAGCUCCUUCACCAUGGACGACAUCUACCAGAACCGCAUCAGCUACAACCACGACGGCAGCAACUCGCUCAAAGACCGGUUCAGCUUCACCGUCUCCGACGGAACCAACAUGUUCUUCCUGGUGGAGGAGGGGGGGAAGGAGAUCGUGACCGCUGCUCCGCAGAAGUUUAAGAUUGAUAUUCUUCCGGUCGAUGACGGCACUCCUCGUAUUGUCACCAAUCUCGGUCUGCAGUGGCUGGAGUACAUGGAUAAUAAGGCCACCAACCUGAUCUCGAAGAAGGAGCUUCACACCAUGGACCCCGAUACGGAUGAUGGUCAGCUAGUGUAUGAGGUCACAGUUGAGCCCAAGCACGGCUUCCUGGAAACCAAACUCAAACCUGGCAAUCCAAUCACCUCCUUUACACAAGCGGACAUUAACCUGGGGCUGAUCCGCUACGUCCUCGGCGAGAAAGGCGUCCAGGAGACCAUGGACAACUUCAAGUUCCUGGUGAAGGACAGCAAGCCCAACGUGGUCAGCGACAACGUUUUCCACAUCCAGUGGUCUCUCAUCAGCUUCGAGCACAAGAGUUACAAUGUCAGUGAGAAAGCUGGCACUGUGGCGGUGACAGUGAAGAGGACGGGGAACCUGAACCAGUACGCCAUCGUGCUGUGUAGGACAGAGCAGGGCUCUGCCACGUCCACCUCUAGCGUGGGCUCCAGACCGGGGCAGCAGGACUAUGUGGAGUACGCUGGGCAGGUGCAGUUUGACGAGCGUGAGGACACGAAGGUGUGCACCAUCGUGAUAAAUGACGACCAGGUGUUCGAGAACAUCGAGAGCUUCAGCGUGGAGCUGAGCAUGCCCGUGUACGCCCUGCUGGGCCGGGUGACGCGCGCCAACGUCUUCAUCAACGACACCGAGGACGAGCCCACGCUGCAGUUCGACAAGAAGACAUACCACGUCAACGAGAGCACGGGCUUCAUAUUCGCCCCCAUCGAGAGGAAGGGUGACACCAGCAGCACGGUGUCGGCGCUCUGCUACACCGUGCCCAAAUCGGCACAGGGCAGCAGCCUGCACGCCCUGGAGUCGGGCUCGGACUACAAGUCGCGCGGGAUGAGCGGCGAUAACCGCGUCAUCUUCGGCCCGGGCGUGAGCAUGUCCACCUGCGACGUCAAGCUCAUCGACGACAGCGAGUACGAGCUGGCGGAGGAGUUCGAGCUGGUGCUGUCCGACGCCUCGGACAACGCCCGGAUCGGCCCCGUCACCAAGGCCAAGGUGGUGAUCGACGGCCCCAACGACGCCUCCACCGUGUUCCUUAGCAACGGCACCUUCACCUUCAGCGAGGACGCAGGCACCAUAGAGAUUCCGGUCCUGCGUCACGGAAGUGACCUCUCCUCGGUGACCUCAGUGUGGUGCGCCACCCGACCUUCUGACCCCCCCUCGGCCACGCCCGGUGUGGACUACAUCCCCAGCUCCAAGAAGAUCGAGUUCAAGCCAGGGAAGACUGAGGAGACCUGCAGUCUGACCAUAAUGGACGACAUUCAGAACCCCACCAUCGAAGGGGCGGAGUCCUUUGUGGUCUUCCUGAGUUCUGCACAUGGGGCGGUGCUUACCGAGCCCUUCGAGGCGUCCGUCGUCAUCACAGACACCUUCCAGGACAUUCCCAGCAUGCAGUUCCAGAAGGUGGUGUACACGGUGAAAGAGAAAUCCGGCGUGCUGCACAUUCCCAUCAUCCGCACAGGCGACCUGACGUUCAAAUCCUCAGUCCGGUGCUACACACGGACGAUGUCAGCCAUGGUGAUGGACGACUUUGAGGAGCGGAGGAACUCCGAUGAUUCGCUCAUCACCUUCCACAAGGGCGAGAAGGUAAAGAACUGCACUGUUCACAUCAACGACGACUCUGUGUUCGAGCCUGAGGAGGAGUUCCAGGUGCAUCUUGGGACGCCCUUGGGGGACCACUGGAGCGGAGCCAUGGUGGGCGUCAACGACAUUGCCACCAUCACCAUCACCAACGAUGAAGACGCACCCACCAUCGAGUUUGAGCAGGCCACAUACCAGGUGAGGGAGCCCCCAGGUCCUGAUGGCAUUGAGGUGCUCAACAUCAAGGUUAUCCGCAGCGGGGACCAAGACCGGACCUCCAAGAUCCGCUGCAGCACCCGAGACGGAUCGGCCCAGUCCGGAGUGGACUACAAUCCCAACAGCCGGGUGCUCAAGUUCAACCCAGGCAUGGACCACAUUCUGUUCAAAGUGGAGAUCCUGUCCAAUGAGGACCGGGAGUGGCACGAGUCUUUCUCAUUGGUUCUUGGCCCCGAUGACCCGGUGGAGGCAGUGCUUGGGGAGAUCACCAUGGCGACAGUGACCAUCCUCGACCAGGAGGCUUCUGGGAGUCUUAUCCUGCCUGCCCCACCCAUUGUGGUGUCCCUGUCUGACUACGACAACGUCCAGGAGGUAUCUAAGGAGGGCAGUAAGAAAUCUCCAUCCCCAGGCUACCCCCUGGUGUGCGUGACCCCGUGUGACCCUCACUACCCCAAAUACUCGGUGAUGAGGGAGCGGUGUGAGGAGGCGGGGAUCAACCAGACCUCGGUGCACUUCAGCUGGGAGGUGGCGGCCCCCACGGACACCAGCGGGGCCAGGUCGCCCUUCGAGACGGUGACCGACACCACCCCCUACACCAGCGUCAACCACAUGGUACUGGACAGUAUCUACUUCAGCCGCCGUUUCCAUGUGCGCUGUGUAGCUCAGGCCUUGGACAAGGGCGGCCAUCUUGGCACCCCGCUCCGAAGCAACAUUGUCACCAUCGGCACUGAGGGCUCCAUCUGCCACACCCCCGUCACCACGGGAACCGCCCGAGGCUUCCAGGCUCAGUCCUUCAUCGCCACCCUCAAGUACCUGGAUGUGAAGCACAAGGAGCACCCCAACAGGAUCCACAUCUCGGUGCAGAUACCCCACCAGGACGGAAUGCUCCCUCUCGUGUCCACCAUGCCCCUGCACAACCUGCACUUCCUGCUGUCCGAGUCCAUCUACCGCCAUCAGCACGUCUGCUCCAACCUGGUCACCAUCAGAGACCUGCAGGGCAUCUCAGAAACGGGCUUCCUGGAUGACGUGUCCUAUGACAGCAUCUCCCUGGGUCCCGGAUUCGACCGGCCCUACCAGUUCAACCCCGGCGUGAGGGAACCCAAAACCAUCCAGCUGUACAAACACCUGAACCUGAAGAGCUGCAUCUGGACCUUCGACGCGUACUACGACAUGACCGAGCUCAUCGACGUCUGCGGGGGCUCUGUCACCGCCGAUUUCCAGGUGCGGGACUCUGCGCAGUCCUUCCUCACGGUGCAGGUGCCUCUGUACGUGUCCUACAUCUAUGUGACGGCACCGCGGGGCUGGGCCUCUCUGGAGCACCACACUGAGAUGGAGUUCUCCUUCUUCUAUGACACCGUGCUCUGGAGGACCGGUAUCCAGACCGACAGCGUUCUGUCUGCCAGACUGCAGAUUAUCAGGAUCUACAUCCGAGAGGAUGGGAGGCUUGUGAUCGAGUUUAAAACUCACGCCAAAUUCAGAGGUCAGUUUGUCCCAGAGCACCACACCCUCCCAGGCCAUAAGUCCCACCUGAUGGCUCCAGACCACCUGGGGGGCAUCGACUUCGACCUGCAGCUGCUGUGGAGCGCCCAGACCUUCGACUCGCCCUACCAGCUCUGGAGGGCCACCAGCUCCUACAGCAGGAAGGACUACUCUGGGGAGUACACGGUCUUCCUCAUACCCUGCACCGUACAGCCCACCCAGCCCUGGAUCGACCCAGGAGACAAGCCCCUGUCCUGCACCGCUCACGCCCCAGAGAAGUUCCUGGUGCCAAUCGCCUUCCAGCAGACAAACCGUCCUGUCCCAGUGGUCUACUCCCUGAACACAGAGUUCCAGCUCUGCAACAAUGAGAAGGUCUUCAUGAUGGACCCGGCCACAGCUGACAUGUCCAUGGCUGAGAUGGACUACAAAGGGGCCUUCUCUAUGGGCCAGACACUGUACGGGCGGGUGCUGUGGAACCCGGAGCAGAACCUGAACGCAGCCUACAGGCUCCAGCUGGAGAAGGUGUACCUGUGCACGGGGAGGGACGGAUAUGUGCCGUUCUUCGACCCCACGGGGACCCUGUACAACGAGGGCCCGCAGUACGGCUGCAUCCAGCCCAACAAGCACCUGAAACAUCGCUUCCUGCUGCUGGACCGGAAACAGCCAGAGGUGUGUGACGGGUACUUCCACGACGUUCCCUUUGACGCCAGCUUUGCAUCCGACAUCUUGGAUCUGCAGUCCAUGAAGGCGAUGCCUGGGGUCGAUGGCUUCACCAUGAAGGUUGAUGCUCUUUAUAAGGUGGAGGCGGGGCAUCAGUGGUACCUGCAGGUGAUCUACGUGAUUGGCCCAGACUCGAUCUCGGGCCCCAGGAUCCAGCGCUCGCUGACCUAUCAGCUGCGGCGCGGCCGGCGGGACCUGGUGGACCGGUCGGGGCGCCUCACCCUGGACGAGUCGCUCAUCUAUGACAACGAGGGCGACCAGGUGAAGAACGGCACGAACAUGAAGACCCUGCGCCUGGAGGUGGAGGCCUCGGCGACCUUCGACCCCCACACGGGCGCUCCCAUCGGUGGAGGAGUGGCGGCCCUGACUCUGCUGGUUCUGGUCCUCCUGGCUUCCUGUUUCCUGUUCAAGAAGUGCCGGAGGAAAGGAAAGAAGAAGCCGCCCAAGGAUCCUGCGGAGGACUACCCCCUGAACACGAAGGUGGAGGCAUGUCUGAGGAACAUGGACCGGCUGGAGAAGAACAGCAAACGCUGCACCGUCACCAACGUCAACAUCCUCAACAAGAGCCCUGAGGUCUGCAAGGUCAACGGGGUCAAGGUCAAGCAGGUCAACCUGGAGGUCAAACUCCACAACAAUUUGAACGACGGUACGGAGGUCUAAUCGUAGUUGAGAGUACUUUCUUUUUUUUUUUUGGGAGAACCACAUUUUCUACCGUUGUUUGUAAUUAAGAAAGGAAAAAAAAAAAAGAUAUUGUUAUUGUAUUUUUAUACGACCAGAAAAAAAAAAGGGAAAUGUUCUGGCCAGCUAUGCAGAGUAAUCAUUUCACAACUGAGCUACCUCACAAGAACUAAGGCCUAUCACACCACUUAAACCUGAUCUGAUGUAAUUUCAAUAGUUCAGACCUACUGUACAAUCUGAGGUUUCAAAGACUAUUCAGACUUUUCAGACUAUUCUGACAUUGAAUGACUUUUCUAAGUCUAACAUGAAAAUCACUGCGUGAACAUCACCAUGAUCUGUGGUAGCUCAGGCACUUUACUGUAACUUAUCUUUGCUUAGGUGAUAUUUUUUAUUUUUUUGCAGUCGUCCAGUUGCAAAUUUCAUUUCAAACUGCUGAACUACAAUAUAACCACUAUGAUUAAUGCGAAUAUUACGCACAGAACAAGUGUGCCAACACUUGCGGCUGGAUGAGUUGUGUGAAUAAAUACCUACUGAAGUGCAAUUACUUGAUGAUACGCUCAUCCAUCAGCCACAAGAAACUGAAGUCCUGUAGCCAGAAAUGCAUUUUUCCACAUCAUUCAUUUUACCAUGGCAACUGCUCAGAAGAACAAGCCUGCAGUAUUGCUUAUUGUAAAUCCAAAUUUAAACUCCCAAACUUGCCCAAAGUAGUUUUUAUUUUUCAAGAUGAGACAUUAAAAGUAAACACUGACAAUGAGUGCAAGUAAUCCUCAUAAAAAAACAAAAUGGUUUCGAUUAACUGCACUUUGAAAACUACUGUAGAUUGUGUUUAUGAGUUUUACACUGCUCAAAAAUGCUUUAACCUGUGUCUUUAACCACUGUAAUAGAAUAUAGUUUUUGUGUCUUGGCAUUAUGCUUACAUUCUGUCAAAAUAGCUCAACCAGCCUCAGUCUUGUUCUAUUCUUUUAUUUGUACAUACGUAUGAGCAUCAGUAUCUCUGAGCAGCAACAUGUUAAUGAGACAUCUUCCUCUUUGUGUUAUCGUGCUUUAUGUAUUAUUAUGUUACUCUCAUAUCAUGUAUUAAGGUACAUUUAUAAAAGAAAUAUUUCCAUCGUCUGUACGAAUGAUCAGCGUGUGCUGGAAGUAUUAUGGUGCUGAGCAAGAAAGCAUUCGUUGUAUUUUUGAACACUGUAGGUCAUAAAACUUCGAUUCCCAUGGUUCCACAGCACUGAAUGUACUGCAGUAUGGAGUAUUACAUACAGUGGGAUUUGUUUGGCUGCAGUCAAUGCUAAAUUUUUGUACCUGUCACUGAGGCAGUGGAAGGUCCGGAAGAUGCCAGUAUAUAUAUUUUUGGUGCUAACAUUCAUUGAUGUGCACAAUGCUAUGAAUUCUGUAUGACGCCUGUAUUCUGUGCCUUUUUAGUAAUAAAAAAUUGAAACGCA